AUGUUGUCCCUUUUUGCCUCGUAUGCAGCUACAGCUGCAGCAACCAGGAUAGCUGAGGCGGCACCGUCGCCCCGGGCCUCUGCACGGCUUGGAGGCGGCGGCGGCCCCGACUCUGGGGCGAUGGGCAGCUGCUGGAGCCGCCGGGACGCGCGUAGACAGCGGCUGGACAGCCUCCUGCCCUAUUAUGGAACUUUGCCCCGGGGUCCAGCCAAGGCCUGUGUGGAGGUGAGUGGCUACCAGCAAAGCCUGUGGCGGACCAGCCUGUGCCACUUGGGGACCCUGCUGACAGCUGGCAUCUUGCUGCUGAUCUUUCACUGGAAACCUGAGCUGGAGGUAAAGGCCAAGUGUACCUCCUGCCCCUUGCAGCAGGCUGACUGGCUCAUCAUCAAGGAUCAAUUUGGGCAACUUUUCACCACCCAAGUGCAAACUGAGGUUGUCAGUGAAGGCAGUCUUCCCAGCCUGAAUGUGCCCCUGGAAGACCAAAGGGAUAGGAAGCUGGACAAAGAUGGAAGGAGCCACAUGGCAGUGGGGGUCUCACAAGAGGAAGCCUGGAGAGAUACCAUCCAACUAUAUAAGAAAGAGGAGCAAAAUAUCCUGCGAUAUUAUGUGUUUGAAGGGGUCCGAUACAUAUGGAUUGAGGCUCAACAGGCCUUCCGCCGAGUCAGUGUGCUAGAUGAGACCAGAACCUUUGAAGACCUUCAUCACUCCAGUACUGGACUCAGCUCCCAAGAACAAGAACUAAAAAAGACAAUAUAUGGCCUUAAUCUGAUCGAUGUGCCGGUCAAAUCGUACAUUCGGCUUCUGGUGGAUGAGGUGCUGAAUCCUUUCUACGUGUUCCAGGCCUUCAGUAUCAGCCUGUGGCUGUGGGACUCCUAUUACUACUAUGCUGGAUGCAUUUGCCUCAUCUCAGUCAUCUCCAUCAUCCUGGCCCUCUAUGAGACCAGGAAGCAAAGCCAGACUCUGCAAAACAUGGUGAAGAUGACCAUGAGUGUGACUGUGCGUCGAGCUAGUGGAGAAAAUGUGCUGGUCGAUUCCACGGAGCUGGUUCCCGGAGACUGCCUAGUGCUCCCUGCUAAUGGCGCAAUGAUGCCCUGCGAUGCCGCUCUCCUGUCUGGAGAAUGCAUGGUCAAUGAGAGCAUGCUGACAGGAGAAAGCGUCCCAGUGACAAAGACUCCACUCCCCAGCAGUCCCACUCUCUACUCCCCUGAGGAACACCGCCGACAUACACUCUUCUGUGGAACACUAGUCUUACAAGCCAGGACCUUUAUGGGAGCUCCUGAUGUCUUGGCAGUGGUGACUCGGACAGGAUUUUGUACAGCAAAAGGGGACCUGGUUAGCUCCAUCCUCCAUCCCAAACCCAUCCACUUCAAAUUCUACAGAGAUGCCCUGAAAUUUGUCUUCUUUCUCUUUAUUCUGGCUUCCAUAGGCACCAUCUAUAGCAUCGUGAUUCUGAUCCAUAACAAGGUAGCCGUGACGGAGAUUGUAAAGCGGUCUCUGGACCUGGUGACAGUGGUAGUACCGCCUGCACUCCCAGCUGCCAUGACUGUUGGCAUCAUCUACGCCCAGAAUCGCCUCAAGAAACACAAAAUCUUCUGUAUCAGCCCACCUCGCAUCAACCUUGGGGCCAAGCUGCGGCUGGUCUGCUUUGACAAGACAGGCACGCUGACAGAGGAAGGCCUAGAUGUUUGGGGUGUGCUCCCCAUGAAAGGUCACGAUUUCCUGUCCCUGCUCCCAGACCCGAGGCAGCUCCAUGGAGGUCCCCUGCUCACCGCCCUGGCAUCCUGUCAUUCUAUCUCCUUGUUGAAUGACCAGCCCAUUGGUGACCCCAUCGACCUCAAAAUGGUGGAGUCCAUUGGUUGGUGCCUGGAGGAAGACAGAUUGGAGACCUUAGUAUUUGGGACCAAGGUCAUGGCUAUGAUGAAGCCCCCACCCCUGGAGGAGCAGCUUCAUGGGACAGAGCCCCUGGAGCCCAUUGGCAUCCUCUGUCGCUUCCCCUUCUCAUCAGUCUUGCAGCGAAUGAGUGUGGUCAUAGUCCGGUCAAAGGAAGCCCUUCCUGAGGUUUACCUUAAGGGAGCCCCUGAGAUGGUGGCUAGUCUCUGUACCCCAGACUCAGUGCCUCCAGAUUUCUCCCAGAUACUCCAGCAAUACACAGCAGAUGGAUUCCGGGUUCUGGCCUUGGCCUUCAAACCCCUGCUCUUUCCUCUCACUUUGGAAGAGACUCAGCAACUGGUCAGGACACAAGUGGAGAGUGAGCUGACCCUGCUGGGCCUUUUGGUGAUGAGGAAUGUGCUGAAACCAGAGACGGAGCCCACCAUCCACACCCUGCGCAGGGCCAACAUCCGGACAGUCAUGGUCACAGGUGACAACAUGUUGACCGCAGUUAACGUGUCUCGGACUUGCGGCAUGGUGAGGCCCCACGAGCCAGUGGUGAUCGUCCAUGCCUCAGCCCCUGCCUUUGGCAAACCGGCUUCAAUCAAGUUUGUCCCCUUCGAGCACCCCUCAAAUGAGGACGAAGCUGCACCCAAAGGGUGCACUGUGGAGCUGGCCAGGGAGCACUGCCACCUGGCACUCAACGGGAAGGCAUUCGCUGUGAUUUUGGACCACUUCCCUGAAUUGUUGCCCAAGAUCCUGCUGCAGGGCACCAUCUUUGCCCGAAUGACACCAGAACAGAAGACUCAGCUGGUUUGUGGCUUUCGAAACCUGAAGGAAGGGCGAUGCUCCCUGGUCACCUCCUUCUGCAUCUUCCAAUACAUGGCUCUCUAUAGCUUCAUCCAGUUUAUUUCUGUUCUCCUGCUCUACACUAUCAAUACUAAUCUAGGUGACCUACAGUUCCUGUUCAUUGACUUGGCUAUCACAACCUCAGUGGCAGUGCUAAUGGGUUUCACGGGGCCAGCCCCAGAGUUGGGGGUCUCGCGGCCCCCAGGGGCCCUGCUCCGUGUGGCCAUCCUGGGCAGCCUCCUCCUUCAGACUGUCCUGUUUGCCACCAUUCAGCUCAGUGGCUACUUCAUCACUGUCUCCCAGCCCUGGUUUGUUCCUUUAAAUAAGACGGUUUCAGGGUCCCAGAACCUGCCCAACUACGAGAACACAGUCAUCUUCUGCCUCUCCGGUUUCCAGUACCUCACGCUGGCUGUGACCAUGUCUAAGGGGCCCCCUUUCCGCCGCCCCCUCUACACAAAUGUGCUUUUCCUUUUGGCCUUGUUUUUCCUGGCCUCCAUCCUGACUCUGCUCACCCUGGGUCCCCCGGGCUUCCUGAUUAAGUGGCUGACCCUGAAGGAUAUCAAGGACAUGCGAUUCAAGCUGCUGCUGCUUGGCUUGGCUGCCUUCAACUUUGUGGCAGCGUUCAUGCUCGAGUGUAUUUUUGACCAGUGGAUUCCCAGGUGCAUUCGACGUCUGUGCGGGAAGAAGCCAUCCAAGAAAUUCUUCAAGCGUCUCGAGCGGGAGCUGGCCCAGCAGAGAACUCCCUGGCCCCCUCUCCACCAGCCCAUCAUAGCUACCCCCAAGACAGCCUCUGUCCUGAGGUAGCCCUGGAUCCUGCGGACAAUCCUGGGGUGGAGGUCUGAGCCCCCCCACCCCCAAUUCAUCUAUUUAUGCAUCUCGGUAGCAACACUGUACAUGGCCCGGAGCUGGUCAGCACACUCCUCACGCACCUGAGCCCAGAGAAGAACACCUGCCCGAUCCCAUGCCCUUCGUCCUUGGCUGAGGUUGUGGGGGGCAGGGCACCUCCACUCCACAGGAGCCACCCCCAAAGGCGUCAGAUUCCUUCCUCCCCUGUAGUGAGGGGCUUCACUCCACCCCGUUCACUUUUCUGGACGAAUCUAGUCCCCUCCGGUUUCCCAGUCUCCCCUUGGAAAUAGUCUAAUUUUUUAUCCGUGGACACGGGCACGUGGAGGGGUCAGGUGCAGCUGACCCUCGGUGCCCCUGUUGACAGACUGAAUAAAUUUGCCUUAUUUUCCUGGCUGUACUGAUGUUAUGUGAGACCCUGGCCCUGACCAGCAGCCCCUUGGUCAGGAGGCCUCUGCC